AUGAAUAGUACUCGACGUGAAACUGUUUCACUUUCAAUGUUUUCUCAUAAUUUUUCUAUUGCGAACCCGGUAACAGAGGAAGGGAUUGUUGGUAGACAAUUAGCUAGAGAAGUUAUUAUACCAUCAAUACAAAAGAUUAAAUCAAAAGAAUUGAGAGCGAAUGAGAUCGAAGCACUUACUGCGUUUGAGGGUGGAAUAGAGGAUUUGGAUAAUGCUAAUCCAGAUUUGAUUAUUACAACAUUGAUUGAAAUAUUAACAAAUCUAAAAACUAAUGCCGAUAUAUGUGAGAGAUUAUCAGAUUUAGGAGUAAUAUCUGAUGCAUUUUUAUCAACUCCAGAAUUAACAGCAGACAUUGAUUCUCCAUCAUCAUCAUCAGAUAAUAAUGGUGGUGGUGAAAAUUCUCUACCAGAUAAUGAUGUUAAAGAACCACCAGAUGAACAAUCAUCAUCAUCCAUAUCAUCAAAGGAGAAGAAAUCAAAAUCAUCACCGAUAACGGAGAUGUUAUAUACAAAAUGGCUUGAUCAAUUACGAAUUAAAUGGCCAAUAGGAUUUGGUUCAGGUUCAUAA